AUGGCUAGAGCAAUAGGUAUUGAUUUAGGUACAGCAUAUUCAUGUGUUACUGUAUUUCAAAAUGGUAAAGCAAUAGUCAUUCCUAAUGAACAAGGUGAUCGAACAACACCAUCAUAUAUUGCAUUCACCGAUGAUGGACGUUUAAUUGGUAGUGCAGCGAAAACUCAAGUAGCUAUGAAUCCAAAUAAUACAAUUUUUGAUGUUAAACGACUUAUUGGUCGUAAAUUUGACGAUGCAACAGUUCAAGCUGAUAUGAAAUACUGGCCAUUUAGAGUAAUUAAUGAUGUUGGUAAAAUAAAGAUUCUAGCUGAAUAUAAAAAUGAAAUAAAAUUAUUCAGGCCUGAAGAAUUAUUGGCAAUGACAUUAACAAAAAUGAAAGAAAUUGCUGAAGCUUAUCUUGGUAAAAAAAUCUCCGAAGCUGUUGUAACUGUUCCAGUUUUUUACAAUUUGUCACAACGGCAAGCAAUAAAAGAUGCUGGUAAUAUUGCUGGUCUUAGUGUAUUACGUAUUAUAGGUGAACCAACGGCUGCUGCUAUUGCUUAUAAUAUAGAUAAGAACGUGUCUGAUGAAAGAAAUAUUCUUGUUUUUGAUUUGGGUAGUGGUAAUACUGAUGUAUCAAUACUUAAAACAGAACAAGGAAUAAUCGAAGUCAAAUCAGUAGCUGGUGAUACACAUUUGGGUGGUGAAGAUUUCGAUAAUCGAAUGGUAGCACAUUUUGUUAAAGAAUUUAAACGAAUAAAUAACAAAGAUUUAUCACAAAAUAAACGUGAUCUUUGUCGUUUACGUACAGCUUGUGAACGUGCUAAACGUACAUUAUCAUCAUCAUCGCGAGCUUCAAUUGAAAUUGAUACCCUUCAUGAAGGUAUUGAUUUCUAUACAGCAAUAACACGUGCUUGUUUCGAAGAACUUUGUGCUGAUCUUUUCCGUUCAACACUUGAACCAGUUGAAAAGGCUCUACGUGAUGUUAAGAUGGAUAAAGCAAGUAUUCAUGAAAUUGUACUCGUCGGUGGUUCUACACAUAUUCCAAAAAUACAAAAACUUCUACAAGAUUUCUUCAAUGGAAAAGAAUUAAACAGAUCUAUCAAUCCAGAUGAAGCUGUUGCUUGUGGCGCGGCUAUUUAUGCAGGUGUUUUAACUGGUGAUAAAUCAGAAGAAGUUAAAGAUGUAUUUUUACUUGAUGCUGCACCAUUUUCAUUGGGUAUUGAAACAACUGGUGGUGGUAUGAGAGCAUUAAUUAAGCGUAAUACAACCACUCCAACAAGACAAACUCAACAAAUUACAACAGAUUGGGAUAAUCAAUCUGAUAUUGUUAUUAAAGUCUAUGAAGGUGACCAUACAAUGGCAAAAGAUAAUCAUUUACUUGGUAGUUUCACACUUUCUGGUAUGCCAUCAGCUCCACGUGGUGUAGCACAAACUGAAGUUACAUUUGAUAUUGAUCCUAAUGGUAUCUUAAAUGUCUCAGCUUUAGAUAAAUCAAGUGGUCGUGAAAGUAAAAUUACAAUUACAAAUGAUAAAACUCGACUUUCUAAAGAUGAAAUUGAAUAUAUGAUUACUGUUGCUAAAAAAUUAAAAAGAGAGGAUAAAACACAAUCUGAACGUAUAUCAGCGAAAAAUUCACUGGAAUCAUAUUGUUUUAAUCUAAAAGAAAUAAUAAAUGAUAAAAAACUAACAAGUGAAAUUGAUAUUCAUAACAAGAAGAAAAUGAUUGGUACUAUUGAAGAAACAAUAGAGUGGCUGGAAAUCAAUCAGCGUGCUGUCAAAGCAGAAUUUGAACAAAAAUUAAUACAACUCGAAGAACUUUGUUCACAAAUAAUGAGGAAAUUAUAG